AUGGUUUCUGGAGUAAUCUAUGGUUAUCCGAUAAUAGUUGAGCAAAAUGUGCCACACGAAGAGACAGCCAAUGCAGUACAAGAUCAACAGUUUUUGUAUUACGGGGGCAACGAAGAAAUCAAGGGACUUCAGGCAUAUUCCCAACAAGAAAAUAAUAUAGAAUCUAAAGGAUAUGACCAACAUGCUGGAAAGGAGCUGACGCAUAUCAUUGACUACUAUGCUCCACCCAAGUAUUCGUUCAAAUAUGGUGUGAACGAUUACCACACCGGCGACAUAAAGAGCCAACAGGAAUCUCGUGACGGAGACUUAGUAAAAGGUCAAUACUCCCUAGUGGAGCCGGAUGGCUCCAUUCGUACCGUGGACUAUACGGCUGACAAGCACAGUGGAUUUAACGCCGUGGUACGCAAAAUAGGACCCUCCAAAGGGUUAGAAGCCCAGGAGCAUCAAGAAGCUCAUGCAGUGGAAAUUCAAGAAGAACCUGAGAUCAUCCAAGGUCAUUACUGA